CUUUUCAUUUCGUUACAUUUCAUGAUUCAAAAAACCUGUUUCACUUUUCUUGAUACGAAAGAAGCUGUGAAAGUAGUUGAAAAGCGCGCACAACAGAAUCCUAAAAAACAAAAACAACAAUCACCACACACAUUGAGUUGAACUGAAAAUUGAAAUAUUCCCCAAAAAAUCACUUAUUACCAUUUCACUCCAAUCCAAUCCAAUCCAAUCAAAUCGACACUAAAACCCUAACCAAACUAUGGCGGCGGUGUCCAACGACGGCGCCCCGCUAGGAUCCACCGUAAUCUCACUAGUCAACAAACUUCAAGACAUCUUCAGCCGUGUCGGAAGCCAAUCCACCAUCGACCUUCCUCAGGUUGCCGUCGUCGGCUGCCAAAGUAGCGGCAAGUCUAGCGUCCUCGAAGCUCUCGUCGGCCGUGACUUCCUCCCCCGUGGUAACGAUAUCUGCACACGAAGACCCCUUGUUCUUCAACUCGUUCACAUUCCACCUUCUAAACCCGAAUCAGCUGAGUUUCUUCAUUUACCUGGUCGCACUUUCCAUGAUUUCUCUCAAAUCCGUGCCGAAAUUCAGGCUGAGACUGAUAGGGAAGCUGGAGGGAAUAAAGGUGUUUCUGAUAAACAAAUUCGUUUGAAGAUUUUUUCGCCCAAUGUUCUUGACAUUACGCUUGUGGAUCUCCCUGGUAUUACCAAGGUUCCCGUUGGCGAUCAACCGUCAGAUAUCGAAUCGAGAAUCAGAACUAUGAUUAUGUCAUAUAUCAAAGUUCCUACUUGUCUUAUUCUUGCUGUUACACCGGCUAAUUCAGAUUUGGCGAAUUCCGAUGCCCUUCAAAUGGCCGGAAAUGCUGAUCCCGAUGGUCAUAGAACUAUAGGUGUCAUUACCAAGUUGGAUAUCAUGGACAGAGGUACCGAUGCUCGGAAUCUGUUACUGGGGAAAGUUAUCCCCCUCCGACUUGGUUAUGUCGGUGUUGUAAAUCGUAGCCAGGAGGAUAUUCUGACGAACCGAAGUAUAAAGGAUGCUCUUGUUGCUGAAGAGAAGUUUUUCCGCAGUCAUCCUAUAUAUAGUGGUCUAGCUGAUAGUUGUGGCGUUCCUCAAUUGGCAAAGAAGUUGAACAAGAUUCUUGCACAACACAUCAAGGCUGUGCUACCAGGGCUGAAGGCACGCAUAAGCGCUUCACUUGUCAAUCUUGCAAAGGAACAUGCAAGCUAUGGAGAAAUCACGGAGUCUAAGGCUGGACAGGGUGCACUUAUCCUGAAUAUUCUUUCAAAAUACUCUGACGCAUUCACCUCCAUAGUAGAGGGAAAGAAUGAGGCGAUGUCUACAUCUGAGCUAUCAGGUGGAGCACGGAUUAAUUACAUUUUUCAAUCCAUAUUUGUGAGGAGUUUAGAGGAAGUUGAUCCAUGUGAAGACUUGACUGAUGAUGAUAUUCGUACCGCCAUACAGAAUGCAACUGGACCUAGAGCAGCAUUGUUUGUUCCAGAUGUUCCGUUUGAAGUCCUUGUACGGAGGCAGAUAUCUCGGCUAUUGGAUCCAAGUCUUCAAUGUGCCAGGUUUAUAUAUGACGAGUUAAUGAAGAUCAGCCAUCGUUGUAUGGUGACUGAACUGCAGCGAUUCCCUUUCUUGAGAAAACGCAUGGAUGAAGUUAUUGGGAACUUUUUACGAGAAGGCCUUGAACCCUCGGAGACAAUGAUCACCCACAUCAUAGAAAUGGAGAUGGAUUACAUAAACACUUCCCACCCAAAUUUUAUUGGUGGAAGUAAAGCGUUAGAAGCUGCAGUGCAACAGACCAAGUCUUCUACAGUUUCUAAGGUGAAGGAUGCUGUGGAAUCUGAUAAAGGAUCAGCUUCUGAAAGAAGUGGAAAGUCUCGAUCUAUUCUUGCAAGACAUGCCAAUGGAGGAAUGGCUGAUCAUGGUGUGCGUGCUUCAUCAGAUAUCGAUAAAGUAUUACAUUCAGGAACCACUAGUGGAUCUAGUUGGGGGAUCUCAUCUAUUUUUGGUGGAGGUGAUAACCGUGUGUCUGUGAAGGAGAAUACAAAUAGUAAACAUCAUAAUGAUCCAGUUCAAAGUGUGCUGCCAUCCUCUACAAUUCAUUUGAGAGAGCCCCCUACUGUCUUGAGGCCAUCAGAGAGAAGUUCAGAGACGCUAGCUGUUGAAAUUGCAGUAACAAAGUUGCUUUUGAGAUCAUAUUACGAGAUAGUCAGAAAAAAUGUUGAGGAUCUUAUUCCUAAGGCGAUCAUGCACUUCUUGGUAAAUAACACGAAGAGAGAACUGCACAAUGUCUUCAUCGCAAAUCUAUAUAGAGACGAUCUGUUUGAAGAGAUGUUGCAAGAACCUAAUGAGAUAGCCGUUAAAAGAAAGCGCUGUCGAGAACUGCUCCGAGCUUAUCAACAAGCUUUUAGGGACUUAGACGAACUACCUCUUGAAGCUGAAACAGCUGAGUGGGGACACAGUUCGCCUGAAACAACUGGCUUGCCUAAAAUUCGCGGAUUGCCAACUUCUUCUAUGUAUUCUACUAGCAGUUCAGGAGACAAUAUCUAAGAAGUUCGUGUUUAUCCAUUGCAAGCUUAUAUAAGUCUUCACAUUCUGGAAUGCUUGUAUAACCAUUGCAAGCUUGUGAAGGUUCAAAGGGAAAUUGAGGGCUAUUACAUAAUACAUGUCAGGUUUUGAUCACAUGACUGACAAAUGAGCGCUGGUGCUGGACUGCAAACUCAGUAUUUUGUUUAUAUGUUUGUUCUUCUGCAAUUUUUGGGGGCCUGGAGCUGGACUGCAUUCAAUUACUAAUUUCCUUUUUGUUCUCAUAUAGCAUUGCCAUUAUUUUUUUAGGCUCCAGAACGAAUAAUGCAAGCGGAUGAUCUUUCACAUCCUUCACUACAUUCAUGUAUAUUAUUAUUAGUAUUAGCAUUUUUUUGGGUAUAUCAGAUAUCAGAUAUCGUUCAUAGGAACUUUCCAGGUUGUGUCCUAUGGGUUUUUAUUUUUAUUUUUUGUAUUAUUGAUUUUGUUUGCCUCAAUGGAAGACUUGCAUGUCUCAAAUGGCUGGUCAGAUUGAUUUUUGGACUUCCUCUUAUUACAUUCUCUAGUUACAUUUGCUAUGAGAAAUUGAUACAUCAUGCACAAGCAUGCCACUGUUUUAA